AUGUGGAAAGGGAUGAAGCAGCACUAUAACCGUUUCAAAAUCAAGUACUCUGGCUCAACUGCACAAACUGCUGACCCACUUGUAAGGAAACCUUCUCUUAUGGACAACGCUGCAGCUCCCUCUGAAAGGUUAACUCAGUCUUCACAACCAUCAAGUGUGGCAAGAACCUCCAGCAAUGGCUCGUCAAGGAAGAGAAACAAAUUGCUUGCUGAAGAUGAAUUGAACGCAGUAAGGAGCGCAACCAACGCUGUCUGGGACCGCUUGAGCGAGGACGUUGAAUCUGUCAGCAGCAAGUACAGCACCUUCGGAGCUUUCGCUGGAGCGGCUUCAAAUGAUCUUCCAAAAGCCAUAGCGGACGAGGAAAUGCAGCUUUUGUUCAAUGUGCUUACAACGGGAGCAGACGCUUAUGGUGUCUCCGAACGUGGCGAGGAACCUGUUGGUCAUAGUGGAAGAUACGGAUUUCCCGAGGACGUCGAAGUUAUGGGUCGUGAAGAAGAGAUUUGUGAUCGCACGAGAAUGGCAGGAUUUGAUGGACAAGCUACGGGACGUGGUGAGUGA